AUGACCCAAGAGGACUCUUCUACCAACACCCACACCAAGACGGUGGCCCUAAGCAAGUGCCUCGCUGGCUUGCCCCUCUCCAGCCACAGGCCGGCUCCCGAGACGCUGGAAAGCGGAGAGCCCGGCUCUGCCAGCCACCCGAGUGCCUGUGCUUCUCCCCAGGUCUCCCUGCAGUACAGCUCCAGCGGCAAGUGGCGCCACACCUGUGGAGGGUCCCUGGUGGCCAACAACUGGGUCUUGACAGCCGCCCACUGUAUCAGCUCCUCCAGGACCUACCGCGUGGUGCUGGGCCGACACAGUCUUUCCACUGAGGAGCCCGGCUCACUGGCCAUCAAGGUCUCCAAGCUCGUGGUGCACAAGGACUGGAACUCCAGCCAGCUCUCCAAAGGGAACGACAUCGCCAUGCUCAAGCUGGCCCAGUCCGUCUCCCUGACCGACAAGAUUCAGCUGGCCUGCCUUCCUCCUGCCGGCACCAUCCUUCCCAACAACUACCCCUGCUACGUCACGGGCUGGGGGAGGCUGCAGACCAACGGGGCUUCCCCUGACAUCCUGCAGCAAGGCCGGCUGCUGGUGGUGGACUACGCCACUUGCUCCAGGUCUGACUGGUGGGGCAGCUCCGUGAAGACCAAUAUGGUCUGCGCUGGGGGUGAUGGCGUGAUCUCCAGCUGCAACGGCGACUCCGGCGGCCCACUGAACUGCCAGGCGGCCAAUGGCCAGUGGACGGUGCAUGGCAUCGUCAGCUUCGGGUCUACCCUCGGCUGCAACUACUAUCACAAGCCCUCUGUCUUCACACGGGUCUCCAACUACAUCGACUGGAUCCAUUCGGUGAUGGCAAAUAACUAACCAGCAGAAGUCCCUGGGUCUGUCUCAGGCUUGGAAAAAUCAAAGCAGGAAUAAUAUUAUAAUAAAGUAACAACUAUAUGAAUC